AUGUCGUCGGUUUCUCCCGAAGCUACCCGCACUCCCCGGGCGCAGGAGACUAUGCCUCCCCCACCACUCUCCGUACGCGUCCCGGAAGCCGACGCAGAAACAGAUUUCCCCGACGCCGUCAUCCUCGACCACUACUUGAACCCCGAGACAUACCGCGUCACUUUUGACUGGAAACGCGUCGGCGUCCGCGAACAACUCGUCAUCCCCGAGGUGCACGCUCAGCUCAUCGAUCAGAACAAGGUCCUCGACUACUGGCACCAGGUUUACCUCACCACGCGCCAGGUGCGAGAACAGGCCCUUCGCUGCGAAUUCUACCACGUCUUCCAGAUCCUUGACCAUCGCCGUCUGGGGAGGGGUACGAGAUCAGGUUUCCUCCUGGUGCAGUGGGUCGGCUACUCGGAUGACCCCGAAGAAGCCACGUGGGAGCCCAUCACCAAGAUCGACAGAGUCGCGCCGCUGGACGUGAGAGAUUAUCUGACCAAGAAGCGCCUGUGGAAGAACCUGCGCCCAUGGCCCGCUUGGAGGAGAAAGACACAGGACCACGAGGACGCACGCCAGAGACUCAUCGCAGCCCCCAGUCUGCUGGAUGAGGCCAACCAGCGCUUGCGGUCCGAGUCAACCACGAGGUUGUCGGCGGAUCUCGGGCUCGAUAGAUGA